UCUCAGCUCACCGCACCCCUAUUGCUCUGCGCCUCAUGCCUGCUCUUUCUGUGUGACAGCGGUAGCCACUCUCCACACCUACCGCUUACUUCCGUUUCUGGCAACAAUUCACAGCCCCAUAUCGUAGCAUAUCGUAGUACCACCCAAGGUGAAUUCAUUCCUUGACCUGUAUAUAUCUGUUGCGAUGGCCUGCUCUUUUUCUGUAUCCCUUGCACCAGGAAGCUCUCUCUCAGCCCCUAUUCGCAAUAUAACCAAAAGAUCUCACAUCAAGCCCCUAUCAAGUUCGACUCGCACUGGACGGUUCGUCCCUCUUUCAGGCUUAUACGGCCAACCACCAAAUCAUAAAAUUCCUUAAGCCCUCCCGACACAAUGGUUCUUUCGAGAACUCUGUUCGGCUUGGUAUGCCUGUUUGGCACAUCUCAGGCCGCCAGCUACCAGCUUUACAAACACGUCGACAGCAAGAACUUUGAAUCGGAGUUUGAGAUGGACGCGAUGGAAACCGACCCAACCCUCGGAAAUGUUCUAUACGUGGACAAGGCCACCGCGAAAGGCGACAAGCUCCUGGGAGUGAAGGAUGGCGAGAUAUAUAUCGGGGUGGAUCAUCGCACCAAGAUUCCAAGCACUGGCGGGAGCCCUGCGCCGGCAGCCCCUGCUCCCGCCAAGCCUGCUCCCGCGAACCAACAGUCACCACAAAAACCGCUGCUCGCUCGUAAAGACGACGGGAUCAGUAUCAAGAGGAAAUCCGUCCGAGUCAAGUCCGCAGACGUCUACAACAGCAACACCCUGUUCAUAUUCGACGUCUCGCACGCGCCCGUGGGCCCUGCCGUGUGGCCUGCCAUCUGGACCUUCGGCAAUACGGAGGGGGAUGGCAUCGGAUGGCCCAACAAGGGCGAGAUUGACAUCAUGGAGGGCAUCAAUUCCAUGACCACCAAUUCCGUCUCGCUGCACAUGGAUGAGAGCUGCAAAGCAGCCUCCAACAAGGGCUCCACCAACGAACUGACCACCUUUCAGGGCAACUGCAACGAGGGCAGAGGUGGGACCGGCUGCAAACAAGAGACAAAAGAGCCCGCGGCUUACGGCACCGAGUUCAACAAGCGCAGGGGCGGCGUAUAUGCCAUGGAGUGGACCGACGCCCGCAUCUCUGUCUGGUUCUUCCCGCGCGGCGGCAAGAUCCCCGACAUCAAGAACCCCGACCCCGCGUCGUGGGGGAAGCCCAUGGCCAGCUUCACCAACUGCGACUUCAGGAAGUUCAGGGACCAUAGAAUCAUCAUCAACAUCACCCUGUGUGGUCAAUGGGCUGGCAAGACCGAUGAGUGGGGAAAUGAUGCGAAAUGCCCUGGAUGCAAGAACAUGGCCAUGGAAUGUAAAGAUUUCGUGGCCGCUUUCCCCGAGAAGUUUACCGAAGCCUAUUGGCAAAUCAAGACUAUCAGCACCUUCAAAGCCAAGUAGGCUCGCUGGUGCUGCUCCUUUCCUCUUUUCUAUCACAUUUUUGGCGCUAUCGGCAGGCCGGCGUUAAUGUUUCGGACAUCUUGGUAACUGCUUUAUGGGCGUUAUUUACCUUUUAUUCUUACUAUUUUCUUCUUCUUUUACUCUACUUAUCCAUGUCUUUUGUCACGUCAGCCGUCUUUCUCGGGCGGAUUUUCCUGGAUAGCUAGGGUUCUAUUAGCCUCGAUACCCCGCCGUAGAUUGUGCUCUUUAUACCACGUCUUAUUAUACACAUUUAUCCCA